AUGUGGUUUUUUGGCAACGAUACAAAGACAGAAAAUGGUGAGACUCUGAAACGAGAGCAAGAGCAGGUGUCCAAUGAACCAUCAAAGCGAAGCGAAGACGUCUCCUCUAUCCUGAAUACGACUGAUUUCGAUCCUUCAAAACUCCAUCCUUUGGCAGGACUAGAUAAAGAUAUUGAAUAUCUCGAUCUGGACGACGAAAAAUUGAAUUCACUAGAAGGAAGUAGCAACGGUAUCCUUGCUUCAAGAGGCUGGGGUGAUGAUAUGUGUUACGGUGCCGGUACGGUGUAUGUGCUGGGUCUUGGAUUAGGAGGUUUGAAAGGUUUGGAUGAAGGUAUUAAACACUUGCCACAUCCGAAGAUUGAUCCUGUGACGAGUGCAUUGCGCCCGGUUCCCUUCAAGUUAAAAUUGAACACAGUUCUCAAUCAGGUCACCAAAUAUGGACCCCACGCUGGCAACAAUGCUGGUGUCCUAGCCAUAAUGUACAACAUUUUCGACUCAUCAUUGGAUAAUAUAAGAGGAAAACAUGACGACUGGAAUUCGCUUGCCAGCGGUUUUCUCUCCGGAGCUUUGUUCAAGAGUACUUCUGGAUUGAAAGCCAUUAGUAUUAGUUCCACGCUCAUGACUAUUGCAGCAGCUUCCUGGUGUGGGUUGAAGAGACUGAUUUCCAGAAGGGGUGGAAGAAACAGCUUUGGUGCUUGA